AUGAAGUCUGUUUCUGUUCUCCUCUUCACAGCUGGUCUGGUUUCUGCUGUGGCUGUUCCUGUUCAGCUGGCUGAGCGAGCAGCUCUCCAGGCUGUCCAUGACCCUGAGAGCCCCGGCAUCCACGAAGAGCACGCCGAGAAGCGAGGCUUGGAGUUUGUCGGCCUGAUGGCCAGGCAAGAGGCUGGAGCUGGUGAAAAUAAGGCCGGAGCUUCAGCCACCGAAUCUGCCGCCGCUCCUGCCGAGACACAGAAGCAGGGUGAGAAUAACCAGAAUCAAGAGCAGAACAAGGACCAGAACAAGAAUAAUCAGAACAACAAGAACAAUGGUCAGAAUAAUCAGAAUAAUCAGAAUAAGGACCAAAACAAGAACAACCAGAACAACGGUCAGAAUAACCAGAACAAGGACCAAAACAAGAAUAACCAGAACAACCAAAACAACCAGAACAAGGAUCAGAACAACCAAAACAACCAGAAUCAGGACCAGAACAAGAACAACGAGAACAAGGAUCAGAACAACCAGAACAACCAGAACAACCAGAACAAUCAGAACAACCAGAAUAACAGAAAUAACGGAACCCAGAACAACAAUGAUAUCAACCAGCUCCUCCAGAAUGGCAUCAACCAAGGCCAGCUUCUCCAAGGCGUGUUGGCUCCAGCCAUCAGCGGAGUUAUUAACCAGAUGGGAAUUGGCGGCAUCAAUGUCCAAGCUCUUGGUGGCCUGAACUUUGCAAACCAAGUUGUUGUUCUCAACCAGCUUCAGCAGCUGCAGACUCUUAUGCAGUUGAAUCUUAUUCAGCGCCAACAGGUGGUUCCUUUUGUCAACCAAGUUUUCACAAGGGGCGGUAUCAAUGUUGCUCUUUUGAAGCGCUCUCCAUAUGACUUGACUACCGCCCCUAGGGCGUGA